AUGCGCAUUGCGGCCUCCGUCCUUUUCUGGGGGCUGCUUCUGGCCGGAGCGGCCGGCGCGGCGGCCCAGGCCACGGGCUACCUGCCCUCGGGCCGAGAGCUGGACUGGAGCUUUGCGGGCUACCGAGGCGCGUAUCACGGCGACGUGCCGCCGCCCUCGCCCCUGUCCACACCCAAGUACAACGUGAAGAGCUUUGGGGCAAAGGGAGACGGCGUGACCGACGACAGCGCCGCGCUGCUGGCCGCCGUGGCGGCGGCAAACGUGGCCCCCGGGGUGGUGCUGCUGCCUGCCGGCACCUAUGUCCUCACCCGCCCCCUGGCCGUCACCUCCAGCAACGUCACGCUGCGUGGAGAGGGGGAGGACCUCACCCGCAUCCUCAUCCGCGCAUCGCUGACCGACGUGUAUGGCGGCACCUGGGCGGCAGACGCCACAGGCGACCUAAAGUCGGUGUGGGGCUCCGGCGGCGCCUUCAUCCAGUUCACGGGCGGGGAGCCCGAGGGCAGCAGCCGCGCCGACACACAGCUGGCUGUCGUCUACGGCGGCGUGACGCGCGGCGCCACCCGCAUCCCGGUGGCUUUCUCGGCGCAGCCGGCGGUCGGCCAGUGGGUCCGCCUGUUUGUGAACGACGCAGCCUCCGGAGGCAGCCGGCGCCGGCUGCGGCAGGAGGGCGGCGAGGAGGUGGCGCCAGCCUGGCAGCGCGAGGUGCGCGCCCGCCUCGCGGCGCUGGGCUCUCACCCGGAGCAUGCGGCCAAGGCGGAGCAGCAGCAGCAGAAGGAGCUAGAGGUGGCCGGGGGUGGCACGAUGCGGCGCGAGGCUGCGUGGGAGGCGACGGCGGCCAGAGAGGAGGGGGAAGAGGAGGGGCGCGGCGCUGGCGAGGGCGCCUGGCGCCUGCGCCCCCAGCUGCUGGCCGCGCAGGCAGCGCUGCGGCAGCCGGCGCGGGCCGACGCGGGGGCCGGCGGCGGCGGCGGCGACGCGCAGCGCUGGCGCGAGCUGCAGCGGCGGGCGGGUGAGGUCGGCGAGGCGCCCCGCUGGCAGCAGGAGCUGAGGGCCAAGCUGGCAGCCAUGGGCGCGCGAGCCAGGCAGGCCGCGCGGGACGGCCAGCAGCGGCUGUUUGGGAGUGACGAGGAGGCGGCAAGCCGGGAGGAGCAGGCCGAUGACGCCAUGCUUCACUUUGUGCUUCAAGGCCUGGGUGCGGGCCGGGAGCAGCGGGAGGAGGAGGAGGCGGCGGCGGCGGCCCGCCUGCGCCUGCGCCUGCACCAGCUGCACCCUGGCGCAGACUCUGCGGCUCAGGAGGAGCGCCGGGAGGCGGCAGACCCAGAGGAUGCCAGCUGGCAGUACCAGUACCGCCGCCGCGGCCUGCGCCAGCAGGGCGGCGCCGACCUGUCCGUCGUCCCAGUGCCCAGCAGGCUUCAGGCCGAUCCCGUGUUUGCCGUGGUGGCGCGGGCCGCGCGGCUGCUGAGCGGCGGCGAGCCCGCGCUCAGCCUGGAGCAGGCGUGGGGGGCCAACAAGGCCGCCUCUCCCAGCUCUGGAUCCACGGUGGACGCCUGGGAGAUCGACAGCCUCCCAAGCGACAGCCCCAUCCCCGACGAGCUUCAGUUCUCAGCCAAGGUGGCUGCCGUGGGCAGCAACUGGAUUGAGCUGGACCGUGCCCUGCCCUUCCCAGUGCUGGAUGGGCAGGAGGGGUGGGUUCACGCAUACGAGCCCUCGCUGGAAGAGGCGGGCGUGGAGCGGCUGACGGUCGAGUUUGCCGACCACAGCCCCUCUCGGUACGCCGGCCAUGGUACCGACCGCGGCUACAACGCCAUCGGCUUCCACACAGCUUCCAACGUGUGGGCGCGCCAGGUGCGGGUGGUCAACUGCGAGAACGCCCUGUUCCUGCAAUGGGUGGACCACGCCUCCAUCCUGGACGUCACUGUGCUGAGCACCAGGCAGCGGGCGGACCCUGCGGACAGCGCCUGGCAGCGGCAGGGCCACCACGCGCUCUCUCUGGCCAUGUCGCACGCGGUGCUGGCCCAGAGGUUUGAUGUGGCGGCACGCUACUGGCACGACGUCGCGCUGGGGCGGGGGGCGCUGCUCAACGUGCUCAACGGCGGCUCCGCCCUCGAUCUGGGCACCUUCCACCAAGAAG